AUGUCACGCGCUACAUUCCUCUGUCCCUCUUUCUCUCUGCCCUUCUUUCUCCCUGUCCCUCUUUCCCUAUUACAUUCUGCCCCUCUUUCCCUCUGUCCCUCUUACCCUCUGUCCCUCUUUCCCCCUGUCCCUCUUUCCCUCUUUCUCUCUGUCCCUCUUUCCCUCUGUCCCUCUUACCCUCUUACAUUCUGCCCCUCUUUCCCUAUGUCCCUCUUACCCUCUGUCCCUCUUUCCCCCUGUCCCUCUUUCCCUCUUUCUCUCUGUCCCUCUUUCCCUCUUACCCUCUGUCCCUCUGUCCCCCUGUCCCUCUUUCUCUCUUUCUCUCUUUCCCUCUGUCCCUCUUACCCUCUGUCCAUCUUUCCCUCUUUCUCUCUGUCCCUCUUUCCCUAUGUCCCUCUUACUCUCUUUCUCUCUUUCCCUCAGUCCCCUGUCCCUCUUUUCCUCUUUCUCUCUGUCCCUCUUCCCUUCUGUCCCCUGUCCUCUUACUCUUUCUCUCUUUUCCUCAGUCCCUUGUCCCUCCCCUCUUUCUCUCUGUCCCUCUGUCCCUCUUUCCCUCUGUCCCUCUGUCCCCCUGUUUCCCUCAGUCCCUCUUUCCCUCUGUCCCUCUGUCCCCUGUCCCCCUGUCCCCUGUCCCUCUCUGUCCCUCUUUCCCUCUGUCCCUCUUACCCUCUGUCCCUCUGUCCCUCUUUCCCCCUGUCCCUCUUUCCCCCUGUCCCUCUUUACCUCUGUCCCUCUUACCCUCUACACCUGAAGUGUUGCAGACAGUUAACUUCUAAUACUUGUACACCGAAGCGGCUGGAGAUUGAUGCUGCCGGAGUAUCGUUUCUUACUUAUCUCUGA